AUGUCACUCAUCAAAAAUACUACACGAUCCAUAAGUGCAUUAUUUUCUACAUUAUAUUUGGUAUUAAUAAUCUUAACAAUACCACUAGCGUUUGAUGUUGGUGGUGUUAAUUGUGGAUUGGCAUUUUCAUUGACAACAAUGGUUAUUUAUUUCAUAUUAACAACAAUAAGAUUAAUUGCAAGAAGAACAAGAUAUUUUAAAUGGAUAUCAAUGAUUUAUUAUAGUCAACAUUUUUUUAUACCUAGUAUUUUAACUUAUUUUUUAAGUUAUUAUAAUACAAAUGUUAUAUCAAAUUCUAAAUAUAAUCCAGUUGAAAUUUGGAAAUUUUUAUUAAUUAAUGCUACUCCUAUUUUUACAAUAUUAGAAGGGUUUUGUUCAUUAUUAUUGAUUCAAGCUAUUGGACAAACAAUUAGUUGGUUAACAAUCUAUAGAUCAGAUUCUUGGUUAAUUAUAUCUUUAAUUGGAAGUGCUUUAGUUGAUACAGGUGCAUUUUAUUUUUUAUACAGAAUUUAUGUAUUUCCAUUUACAAUUGAUAUGGUAAGUGCUUCAUUAUUAGGUUCCUUAUUAACAAUGACAAUUGGAUUAUGUUUAUUUGGUAUUGUUAGUGGUAAAGGUUCCAUGAUUGAAUCUUCAUUAUUAUUUGCAUAUAUUGUUAGAUGUAUUUAUGAAACUUUCCCAAUAUUAUCAGAAGGUGCAUCAGCUGCAUUAACAAAUUUACUUACACAAGCAACUCAAAAUGUGCGUAAAGAAAUUCCAAAGAUUCCACCAUCUAUUUUAAAUCCCAUUUCAGAAGUUGUUCCAUUUUUAGCAUCAACAUUACCUUUAUCAUUCAAAGGAGUUUGGGAAUUUUUGGUUAUGGCUAUUCAUAAUUUAACAUUACCAUUAUUAUUAAAUUUGGCUUAUAGAAUAGGAGUAUUCUAUGCAGCAACGAAAAUUAUACCUUCAUUAUAUCAAUCAGUAUCAUAUCCUACUGUUACUCCACCUAAAACUCCACAACCAAGAUCAAGACAAACUUCAAGUUCAGCAAUAAGUGAAAUGAUUAAUAAUGAAAAUGAAAAUGAAGAUCAAAAUCUACUAAAAGAUGAAAGAGUACCUUUAAAAUCAAGAAAAUCAUUUCAUUUAAAACCUCCACAUCAUCAACCACCAUCUGCUAUCAUACGGCUCAUUUAUGCUUAUUCUCCAUGUUUAAUAAUAGCAGUAUAUUCUCAUUUGAUGCUAUCAUACAUUGGUGAGUUAGGUACAGAACUACAAAUUUGGCCACUUUGGGGUGUUUCUCAAAAUACUUUAAUUGUUCAUCCUUGGAAAUUUUGGAAUUGGGUGAAUAUGGUGACUACUUUAGUUUUAUAUGUUGCAGAAUUACUGAACAAUGAUAGUUCAUCUGGUGGAGGUAAUAGUUUAACAAGUCAUUGGAAAGUAGAGUAA